UUACAGAAAAAGUGACCCCUGAUCUAGAUAAAUCCUGGGUGAUGGUUAUAAAUCAUUAUAUGAAAUGUGCAUACUGCAAACUAUAGGGUUGUGUAAUUUAAAAUUUUGACUUCAGCUACUGUUUAUCAUAGUUUUAAAAGGCAAUUUUUGGAGCAAAUCCAGUUUCCAUGAGAUAUGUAGGGUGUGGCUUUGGCAUCAGAAGACCGGAGGUGUAAUCUUACGAGCUCCAUUAUCCCCCCUAGUGGAUUACUGUACAGUUUACUUACAAAGUUUCAAAAUACUGAACAGCUUUUCUUAAAUUAUUAUUAAUUAAUUAAUUAAUUAUUGGCUGUGUUGGGUCUGUUGCUGCACACGGGCUUUCUCUAGAUGUGGCGAGCGGGGGGCUAACUCUUCGUUGCGGUGUGCGGGCUUCUCAUUGCGGUGGCUUCUCUUGUUGCGCAGCACGGGCUCUAGGCGAGCGGGCUCAGUAGUUGUGGCACGUGGGCUCAGUAGUUGUGGCUCGCAGGCUCCAGAGCGCAGGCUCAGUAGUUGUGGUGCACAGGCAUAGUUGCUCCACGGCAUGUGGGAUCUUCCCGGAGCAGGGCUCUAACACCUGUCCCCUGCAUUGGCAGGCAGAUUCUUAACCUCUGUGACACCAGGGAAGUCCCUUGAACGGCUUCUUUGCCCGUCUUAUCCCAGGGAUCAGAGGUCGGAUGUCUCCUACACCUGGGCAGAUACUGACAGGUCCUGUCAAGGCCUGGGCAAGUCUAGCCACCUCAGGGCGCAUUUCUGCUCCCUUUCCUGCAGCUCAGCGAACAGAGACGAGACUAGGCUCCGAGGGACCAGCACGCCCCUAUCUCCCAGUAAAGCCACAUUCCUGUCACUCUCCCGGGGCUCGUCCUCCGGUCCCGCUUAGCCCUCAACGUCGCACAGCUGACCUGAACCAUCUAGGGCGCGGAAAGGCGGGGUCAGCCUCAGCAGCCAAUCGGGGCUCGGCCCCUAGCCCAGCCAAUCGGGCCGGGCCAGUUGGGGCUUAGCCAAUCCGGCCGGAAGAGGAAGAGCUGGGAUAGUGUCUGCGCUUCUCGCUGCCAGCUUUGGGUGGCCCUACGUGGGGCCAGCUGGUGUCGGCCGCGGUCCUUGCUCGCUCGCUUGUUUCCCGGGAAGCCCCUGGUGUGCCGUCCCCGAGGCCAUGGGGCGGCAGUGGGGGCCAGCCAUGAGGGCGGCCGAGCAGGCGGGCUGCGUGGUGAGCGCCACCCGGGCCGGGCAGCCCGAGGCGGGCUCGUGGAGCUGCAGCGGGGUGAUCCUGAGCCGCCGCCUGGGCCUGGUGCUGUGCCACGGGGGCAUCUUCACCCCAUUCCUGAGGGCCGGCAGCGGGGCGCUGACCGCGGCCGGCGCCGCCUUCCUGCCAGGCGACAGUUGCGGCGACGACCUGCGCCUGCACGUGCAGUGGGGCCCAACGGCCGCGAGUCCGGCAGGCCGCGCGGAGCGGGGUCGCCCGGGGCUGUGCACGCCCCAGUGUGCCGGCCUAGAGCCCGGCCCGCCCGCCCGGUUCCGCGGGUGGCCGCUGCAGCCCCCCCGCCCCGCCGAGCUGCUGCUGCUGUUGAGCUGCCCGGCCUUCCGGGACCACUUCGCGCGCCUCUUCGGCGGCGAGGCGGCCAAGCAGUGGAGCUUCGCGAGCGCCGCACCGGACGACGAGAUGUCGGAGGAGGAGGAGGAAGACCAGCUGAGAGCGCUGGGCUGGUUCGCUCUGCUGCGCGUGCGGCCGGACCCGGAGAAGGAGGCGGAGGCGGAGGAGCGCGGGCCGGUAUUGGCCGUGGCGCCUCUCGGGGCUGUGCCCAAGGGUGAGCCGCUACUGGCCUGCGGCUCCCCGUUCGGGGCCUUCUGCCCCGACAUCUUUCUCAACACGCUCAGCUGCGGCGUGCUCAGCAACUCGGCCGGCCCGCUGCUGCUCACCGACGCGCGCUGCCUGCCAGGCACCGAGGGUGGCGGCGUGUUCGAGGCGCGGCCCGCGGGGGCGCUGGUGGCGCUGGUGGCGGCGCCCCUGUGCUGGAAGGCCCGCGAGUGGGUGGGCCUCACGCUGCUCUGCGCCGCCGCCCCUCUCCUCUGCGCCGCCCGAGCGGCCCUCUGCCGCCUGCACCCCGGCGCCGCCGCCCUGGCCGCCUUCCUACCGCAUGAGAUGGGCGCCCCGUGGGGCCUGCCCCUCCGAGACCCCGGACCUCCCUGGGCAGCUGCGGCCGUGCUGGUGGAGUGCGGUUCCGUUUGGGGCUCCGGAGUGGCCGUGGCACCCCGCCUCGUGGUGACCUGCCGGCAUGUGGCCCCUCGGGAGGCAGCCAAGGUCCUGGUGCGCUCCACCACCCCCAAGAGCGCCGUAAUCUGGGGACAUGUGGUAUUUGCCACCCAGGAGACAUCCCCCUAUGAUAUAGCAGUGGUGAGCCUGGAGGAGGACCUAGAUGGUGUCCCUGUACCUGUGCCCGCUGAGCAUUUCCAUGAAGGCGAGGCUGUCAGUGUGGUGGGCUUCGGUGUCUUUGGCCAGGCCUGCGGGCCCUCGAUGACCUCAGGCAUCCUGUCAGCUGUGGUGCAGGUGGAUGACACACCAGUGAUGCUUCAGACCACGUGUGCUGUGCAUGGUGGCUCCAGUGGGGGACCUCUCUUCUCCACCUGCUCCGGGGACCUCCUGGGCAUCGUCGCCAGCAACACCCGGGACAAUAACACGGGGGCCACCUACCCCCACCUGAACUUCAGCAUUCCCAUCACGGUGCUCCAGCCGGCCCUGCAGCGGUACAGCCAGGCAGGUGACCUGGGCGGCCUCCGCCAGCUGGACCGCGCCCCUGAGCCAGUGAGGGUGGUGUGGCGGCUGCAGCGACCCCUGGCAGAGGCCCCACGGAGCAAGCUCUGAAGCUGUGGCACCCUUCUGGAGAGAACAGCACCCAUCUGAUGCCAUGGGGAGUGCUGAGGCUGGUGGCCUGAGGACCCUGACAUGGCACACCCCAGCCAGGCUGCAUCUCCAUCACCACCCACCUUGCUCAGCUCUGGAGUCUGGACCAGACUUCUCUUUAGCCCCCACGGAUCUCUUACCAGGCAGCCCGUUUGGGGGUGCUUUCUCGAGCCGCCACCUCUCUCUGCCCCCGACACUAGGCUCAGCUCUGUACUUUUCCCUUCUGGGGAGCCCAGUACAACCAUACAACAGACAGAUCUGGUCCUGACAGACAGAUGUUGGCUGGAAGGCAGGCCCAGCCACGGUUCCCUGUCUCCUGACGGUCACUGGCCGCCUGCAGCAGGGGCUUCCCUGGGGCCUGGGCUCCUCUCUGCUCUCGGUCAGAAUGGGGCUGACAGAGUCCUGGGGCUUCCUCAAAAAACCUCAGCAGAGAGGCCCUGCUCUGAAGACCGGAGGCGGAAGGGAAAGAGCAUCUUCCUGUUCUGCUGGACCAGCAGUGGCGUCCCCGAAAGCCAGGACUCCCGGCUCUUCAUAUGUCAGGUGCCUUGACCUACAGAGCCACGCUGACACAGUGCCUUAAUUUUCCGGCCCUUAAAGUGGCUCUCAGGGGUCGGGGGUCGGGACAUGGGGGAGGGGUAGAAUGUGUCUGGUUGGGGUUUGGGAAUAAACAGGACCUACGAGGGACAGGACCUACUUCUAUAUAUCAGCUUCUUUUUUUUCCUUCUUUGUUUUGAGAGUUGAAUGGGGAAUAGGAAAGCACCAGGCACAGAAAUAUACCUUUCCGUCCUGCUUUCUCAGGGGGGUUUGAUCUCACGGGACACUCUUGCGCCAGACUAGUCCUGGUAGCUGGUUGUGGUGCCAGUUAGCACUGGGUAGGGUUUGCAGAUCCCAGAUGGUGGUGGCCUUGGCCUGGCAGCAACUGUUUACAGGCUGCCCGGAUGGGCCCAGGCCUGUGCCAGGUCCUGGGAUGGAUGGAAGUUGGGGAGUUCAAAGGUGAACGAGGCCAAGGCAGGCCCUAGGAGCUAAGACCAACCCUGGGAGUCAGGAACAUGCGCUGUGUGCCCAAGGCCUUGCCUGUGCAGGCCGUCAAGAAAUGAUAGUUAAAUCACUGACAGGUUGAAUGCCAUUUGGGAAUGACUGGGGGAGAGGGGGCUAAUCUAAGCAGAGAGAAUUGCUGUGAGUACUUUGUUUCUAACAUCUGUUUGCUGAGCGCCAACUCUGGGCAACCACAGAGCACCCCUAAGACAGUUCUCCUCUGUGUGGAUUAGGAAUGGAGCCAGAGGGCAAAGUUAGCUUGAGAGAAAUCCUGUAGUAAAUUUAUGGAGGUGGGGAGGGAGAGCCGAGUUUUGACUUGGCUGCAGGUGGGAAGGGGAGGAUUUAUUCCAGCAUGUGUGGGUACCAAGGAGCUCAGGCUAUUCUGGGGAGACUGGUGUGUCACCCCGUUAGUGGAAUGAGCAGGGCGUCUCUGUCCUGUCCAGGUGGAAGACCAUGUCCAGGGGCCCAGAGCAGGGAGGAUCAGGCAAGGAUUCAUCCAGCUGAACCCUGAGGGGAGAGUAGGUGUUUACCAGAUGGAAACAGGAAACAGGGAGGGUGUCCAGACUGAGGGCAUUGGGAGCUGGGACAAGGAAGUGUGAAACUACAUGUGUGUCUGGCCAUGCUAAGUGGAGAAGAGAUUGGAAUGGAGCCUGGGGAACCAGUGACAAUGGCCCUGGUGACGGGGAAGAUGGCCAAAGCAGGCCUGGUGGGCAUAGAGAUCAAGCAUGACCCAGGAGGUUGACCUGACUGGAUGUGGGGCAAUGCAGAGAGAGAGAAGGGUCAAAUGGUGCUGGGUCUCUAGCCAGGGUAGUGAUGAGUGGCUGACAAGUUUAGGGACGAGAUGCUUCCUUGGGUGUCUGUGGGAUCUCAAGUAGAGAGGCACAGCAGGCUGUUAAGUGGAUGAGUUAGGAUAACGCAAUAAAAGGUCCCCUCUCCCCCAUCUCAGUGGCUUAAGACGAUAGAAGUUUGUUUAUUGCUCAUGUAAAGUCCAAAGUCAUGCACCCGACCAGGAAGGGGAGGGUGGCUCCGGUGCAUUUGUGGUUGAGGGACUGAGCUCCUUCCUUCUUGCGGCUCUAUCACUGGGUCUGGGACCUCAGAUCCUCUGCCAGGUCUUCUGUACCUGGAUGGUGGAUGGGGGAAGAGAGAGAGGAGAAGAUACUCCUGCUUCUUUUUUAAAAAAUAAUUUUAGGGCUUCCCUGGUGGCGCAGUAGUUGAGAGUCCGCCUGCCGAUGCAGGGGACGCGGGUUCGUGCCCCGGUCCGGGAGGAUCCCACAUGCUGCGGAGCGGCUAGGCCCGUGAGCCAUGGCCACUGAGCCUGCACGUCCGGAGCCUCUGCUCCGCAACGGGAGAGGCCACAGCAGUGAGAGGCCCGCGUACCGCAAAAAAAAAAAAAAAAAAAGAUUUUAUUUUGAAGCAGUUUUAAACUUACAGAAAAGUAGCAAGAAUCCCCACAUGCCCUUCCCCCAGACACCCCGUACCAUUUGUGCCAUAUGCCGCAGUGAUGUUCUCUGUAACAGAGACCUCAUUUGGGAUCAUGAGUUCUACCCACUUGCCAUGGCUCUCUCCACUUCGACUUGGAGCAGCUCCUAAGGCUCUCCUUGAGUUUGAUGCCCUUGACCUUCCUGCAGAAAACAGGGCAGUCAUUUUGCAGAAUGUGACUUAGCUUGGGUUUGUCCACACUUCCUCAUGAUUAGAUUUGGGAUACACAUCUUUGGGAUAUAACAUUAGUGAUGUCUUAUCAUCGUGUUCUACUGGGUGGCGCAUGAUCUUUAUUUGUCCGAUUACAGAUGAUAACCUUGUUCAUUUGAGUAAGACGGUGCCUGCUAGGUUUCUCCACUGUAAAGUUCCUUUUUUUCUUUGUAAUUAAUAAGUAUUUGUGUGGCAGUAUUUGGGGACUAUGUAAAUAUCCCUAUCCCACUUUCAUCUACUAUGCUUAUCACCCACUGAUGUCCCUUGGCUGAAUAACUUUAAUGUUUGCCAAAUGGAAAUUUUUUAUUUUCAUUUUUCCUCCUACAUUUAUUCACUGGCUUUCUAUUGUAAGUAAAAGCUUUCCCUCCUCUCUGUUUAAUUAUAUCUGUGUGGAAUCAUGGAUUCAUAGUUUAUUCAAUGGAUUAUAAUCUACUGUUAUCAUUAUUUUGAUGCUCCAAUUGUCCAUAUUGGCCAGUGAGAGCUCCUUCAAACUAGCUUCUGUGUUCUUUUGACAUCUCCCCAUCAUUCUUUGAGCACUUCCUUCAAAACAAAAUGUUCUAGACUUACUUUACUUUCCCUGGAAUCAGCCACUUCUCCAGUGUCCUUUUUACUAGAGAACAGUAUUUAGAAGCAAAGAUCUAGGUACUAGGUGUGCUUCUUACUCUGAGGUGUUGCUGCUCCCAGGCCCUCCCGGUAGACAGACCUUACGUCUAUACUUAUUUCUAUCUCUAUAUGUUGCAAGCCAUGCCAUGCGUUAACACUGAUAGUUCCAAUUUGAUACCACAAGUUCAAUACCACAAGGUUCAUUCUAGCUCUCCCCUUUUCAUAUUGAUACCUCCCUCCUGUCAUUGAGAAACACGGCUGCCUUAUCCUCAAUAUAUUAACUUGUAUGCUCCAUCCCUUGCAUGUGGCUCAUCUUCUGACCCCAUCAGGCUGCCCCUGCCACUCUGCUCUGAUGCUGCUCUUAUACGGGUCACCAUUACUGCUCCGCACA